AUGUUAGGAGUUGUUGGAUUUUUCAUUUAUGGAAGAGAGGUGAGCGUUUUUUAAAAAUUCGAAUUUAAAAAAUUUCUGACGGGAAAAAUCCACGUGGAAAAUUUUGAGAAAUUUUGAAAAAAUUUCACUGUUUCAAAAAUUGCAUAUUAGUUUUGACUUUAGAUUUUUCAGAAAUUUGUUUUAAAAAAUUCUGGAAAUUUUAAAAAGGUGAAUUUUUCUCCAAAACUUUCCAAAGAAUUUCAAUUUUCACAUUUUUUCGCAGAACAUUCGCCUGUUCGACUCAAUAAAUCCGAAAUAUUCGAAUCAAUUGCUCGAAAUCGAAAUGUUCACUUAUUGUUCGCUGGAUAUUGUUGAUGAGAAAUCGCAGAGAGCAACUGAAAUGUAUUUGGGACAAUUGUUUACCGAUCAGAAAUAUCGGGUGAGAUUUUCAAAGCUUUUGGGGGAAAAUUACACGAAAUUCGACCUAAAAUUCAAAAAAAUCGCGAAAAUUCGACCCAAAACCAUGUUUUUCAUGAAUUUUGAGGGUGUAAAAGCGGAGCAUCGUAGUUUUCCAUAUUUUCAAACGAUGCUCCAGGUUUACAUGUCACAGAGUGCAAUUUUUACCUAAAAUUCAAAAAAAUCGCGAAAAUUCGACCCAAAACCAUGUUUUUCAUGAAUUUUGAGGGUGUAAAAGCGGAGCAUCGUAGUUUUCCAUAUUUUCAAACGAUGCUCCGGGUUUACAUGUCACAGGGUGCAAUUUUCACCCAAAAUUCAAAAAAAUCGCGAAAAUUCGACCCAAAACCAUGUUUUUCAUGCAUUUUGAGGGUGUAAAUGCGGAGCAUCGUAGUUUUGCAUAUUUUCAAACGAUGCUCCGGGUUUACAUGUCACAGUGUGCAAUUUUUACCCAAAAUUCAAGAAAAUCGCGGAAAUUUGACCCAAAACCAUGUUUUUCAUGAAUUUUGAGGGUGUAAAAGCGGAGCAUCGUAGUUUUGCCUAUUUUCAAACGAUGCUCCGGGUUUACACGUAUUUUUUGCAGUCCUACGGUUUCGUAACAAACACCGGAAUUCGAAUGGUUUUGGUACUCGACGCAACUUCGGCAGCCAGCCUGAAAGAUCAAGAAAUUCGACUGAUCUUCAAGAAGUUUCACGGAUUUUAUUGCAAUACUAUUUCGAAUCCGUUUUAUGAAAUUGGAACUCCAAUGAAAUCCAGGUAAGAUGGGCUGAAAUUAAAUUCAGGUCAGAAAAUCCCAAUUUUUCAUCCGAAAUUCAAAUUUAUAUUCAAAAAUUCCAAAUUUUCACCCUGAAAUUGAAUUUAGGUCAAAAAUUCCGGUUUUUCACCCUGAAAUCAAAUUUAAAUUCAAAAAAUCCCAAUUUUUCAUCCGAAAUUUAAAUUUAUAUUCAAAAAAUCCCAUUUUCCAACCCAAAAUUAAUUCUAGGCCAGAAAAUUCCUAUUUUUCACCCUGAAAUCAAAUUUAGGUGAAAAAUUCCAGUUUUUCAACCCUAAAUUAAUUCUAGGCUCAAAAAACCCAAUUUUUCAUCCUAAAAUUAAAUUCAGGUCUGAAAAUUCCAGUUUUUUCAACCUGGAAUUAAAUUCAGGUCAAAAAUUGAAAAAUUUUCAUCCGAAAUUCAAAUUUAGGUAAAAAAUUCCAAUUUUCCAACCUAAAAUUAAAUUUCGAUUAAAAAAAAUCCUAGUUUUCAACCCAAAUUCAAAUUUAUAUUCAAAAAAUCCCAUUUUUCAACCCAAAAUUAAUUCUAGGUCAGAAAAUUCCUAUUUUUCACCCUGAAAUUGAAUUUAGAUCAGAAAAACCCAAUUUUUCAUCCGAAAUUCAAAUUUAUAUUCAAAAAAUCCCAAUUUCCAACCUAAAAUUAAUUCUAGGCUCCAAAAAACCCCCCAAUUUUUCCAGAUUUUUCGACGAAGGUGUCAAAGAACUCUACGCAGUGUCCGAAUGA